CUUUCCUUUCUGUACCUCACCAGCAUAGAGCACAUGACAGUGUAGACGCUCAUAGCAGCACGUCAGUGGUCCGUGUGCGGCCCUACUUUGCUAGCACAGACAUUAAAAGGGAUCCUUGGCACCGGCUUUGCUUCACGCAGGCAUGGCAGACACGGAAUUAAAAAGCUUCACUUCCAUCAUGGACGCUUUGCUUCGUAUUAGCUCCAACAUGAAGCGCAUGGAGCGGGAGCUGCGUUGUCCCGUGUGCGAUGAAAUCGUGAAGCAGCCCAUCCUGCUGCCGUGCCAGCACAGCGUAUGCUUGCUGUGUGCGGCCGACGUGUUGAUACAGAGGGGCUUCCCUCCGCCUGACCUCCCCCCUGAACCGCGGUCGCCGGCCUCCACGCCCAACACUCGCUCCCCGCGCCAGCCACGCAGACCCAUGCCUCGGACACCGGACCGGCUGGAGCGCGUUCUCAGAACCGCAUGCAGCACAUACCCUGGGCGGCGGCGUAAGGACACGGCCACUCCCCCCAUGAUGUUUCCGUGUCCUUCCUGUCAGGAGGAUGUCGAGCUGGGUGAGAAAGGCCUGAUGGACUGUCCCCGCAACCUCACUCUGGAGCGCAUUGUGGAAAGGUACAGGCACACGCUGAGUCUGGGCAGCAUAGCCAUCAUGUGUGCUUUCUGCAAGCCUCCACACUCUUUGGAGGCCACCAAGGGCUGCGCCGACUGCAAAGCCAACUUCUGCAAUGAAUGUUUCAAACUCUACCAUCCCUGGGGGACCCCCCGAGCCCAGCACGAGCACAUCCUCCCCACCAACAACUUUCGCCCAAAGGUGCUGACGUGCACGGAGCACGAGCAGGAGCGACUGCAGUGGUACUGCUGCACCUGCCGCAGGUUGCUGUGCCCGCUGUGUAAGCUACGCCGCAUCCACCAGGGCCACAAAGUGUUGCCGGUCACACAAGCCUACCAGGCCCUCAAGGAUCAGCUCACCAAGGAAAUCAACUACAUCCUGGCCAACCAGGAAACCAUACAGAGUCAGAUCUCACAGUUGGAGACAGCCAUCAAACACAUGGAGACCAACAGUGCUGUAGCUCUCAAUCAUGUGAGCCGCUGCAUGCAGGAUCUGGCGGCGUCUUUAGCCGAGCGUCAGGGGGUAUUGUCUGUGGCCCUGGAGGGCUCACGCGGCUGCAGGGAGGAGGCGCUGUCUGCUCAAGCGUCGGCCAGGCGAGACAUGCUGGAGCACGCCGGCAUGAUGGCCUACACACACGAGCUCCUCAAGGAGACAGACCAGCCGUGUUUCGUGCAGGCGGCCAGAGUCACUCACAACAGGCUGGUGAAGGCCAUCGCGAACUUGCAAUGCUUCUCCCUGUCUGCCGAUCCCUCGUUCAGACACUUUCACCUGGACGCGACAAAAGAGAUCAAGCUUAUCAACAGCUUGGAGUUCAUACGUGCCCCUCUAGCCCCAGUGAUCGACACUCAGAAGACACUGGCCUACGACCAGCUCUUCCUGUGCUGGCGCCUGCCUCAGGACUCGGCCCCAGCCUGGCACUUCUCUGUCGAGUACCAAAGGCGGACGGGUGCGUCCGGAGACACGUGGGGCGGCACCCGAUCCCCCAACGCUUCAAUUGCGUGGCGGAGACUGGACGAAGUGCGAGGGACGAGUGCCAUCGUAGACCAACUGCAGAUAGACAGCGUUUAUGUGCUGAGGGUACGAGGCUGUAACAAGGCCGGCUUUGGAGACUACAGUGAGGAGGUGUACCUCCACACGCCACCAGCUCCUGUGUUGUCUUUCUCCCUGGACUCUCGCUGGGGCUUGCAUUCUGACAGGCUGGCGCUGGGCAAGGGUCAGACAUACGCCCGCAGCGUGCCGGGCCUCUCCUUGCUGAAGGUUGCCGACCGCACGCUCACCUCCUGUCACCUGACCGCCGACCUCCUGGUGGCCGACCUGGCCGUCUCUCAAGGCAGGCACUACUGGGCGUGCUCGGUGGAACCUGGCUCCUACCUGAUUAAGGUUGGAGUAGGACAGGAGGUGAAGCUUCAGGAGUGGUUCCAUCAGCCACAGGACAUGGCCAGUCCACGGUAUGACCCAGACAGCGGCCAUGACAGUGAGGCAGAGGACGGCCAAGACUCGCCCACCUUCUGCUUUCUCACCAUGGGCAUGGGCAAGAUCCUUCUACCCCGAGGCCACGCACACACCAAUGCUAAGCUCGCCCACCCUUACACGACGCCACUGCCGCCGAGACUAGGCGUGUGCCUAGACUGCGACAAAGGAAGAGUGGCCUUCUAUGACGCCCACUCCUUACGCAUGUUGUGGGAGGGCCACGUGGACUGCUCAGCCCCCGUGUGCCCUGCCUUUUGCUUUAUUGGCGGUGGUGCCCUGCAACUGCAAGACCUGGUGGCCAGUCGCAGCAUCGAGGAGGAGACACCACCGCGGAGGGUGAUCAUCAAAACUUGUGCAACCAAUCUUAGUAAAUAAUGAAGCAAUGUAUGUCUCUGUUACAAUAACUUAGUUACUGUAGGUCCAGGAGCAUUUAGACGGUGACGAUUUACAAUUUGGCCUUUUCACACUACUAUGAUGGCUCGUAAGCAGCAAAGCAAAUUUAUUUAUAUUGCGUAUUUCCUACACAAGGUAACUCAAUGUGCUUUAUAUGAUUAAAAGCAUUUAAAAAAAAAAAGUAAAACAUAGGGUAAGUGUAGACUUUCAGCUAUAAUUUUCCAUUUGUCACUAAGGAAUUGGAGCCCACCAUUUAUGCAGAAUACAUCCAUUUUCGGGGCACACAAUUAUUUGCACAAAGGGAAAUAAUAUAACAAUUAUUUUAACACUUAGUGUGGAAGUGAGGAAUUCAGUCUCCUCUGUGGAGAUGCUUUGCUCGACCUUCACCUGCUACUUUUGUUACACAUUUAAUUGGAUUUUUGCGUGGGGGUUUCCUGUUAACAGAGCAACAAAAAGUACAAACAGGUCAGCAUGACUGUUGCAUCAUGUCUCAUAAACUGCGGUAGUGAAAACUGCGCACUUUCACAGCCUCUGAUUCUGUAGCAUAUACUCUUUGACCCAGGACAGUGUGCUGUCCUCUUCCUGAGCCUUUUGUAUUUGUACUGGGAGAUGUAGUCCAGUCCCAGAGUCUCCCAUCAACUCCAGGGCAUCAAUUUGAAUGAACUGAUUUCUUCCUGAUUGUCCUUUCGCAGUGCAUCUCCUCAUGUAGUAUAUGUAGAUAUAUAUCUAGUGGCAUGUGGGACAGUCAAUCAGCAUCUGAAUUGUUUGUGGGUGACGAAAUUUAAUUCUGCCAGCUCUGGAACCCGUCUGUGGCCUAUGGCAUUGAGUUUAACAGUAGUAAGCACAUAUGCGAGUUGGAUUGUGGUGCGUGCAGACCAUAAAGGAUCGAGCAUAGUACAUAAACGGCCCACUUCAAUCCCAAAAACUCUAGUUUCCUGGAGUGAAGAUGGUGCCCCUCUUCAGCCCAAGUAUGAGUGCAGGACCCACACACUAUCACUCUCAUCUUUUCUUGUGAGUCUUGGUGAGAGCUUACCCAAUACAUGGGAGUCCUCUAGGGUAAGUUACCCUUCUUGCCCUUUGCUGGUCUCCUGUAGCUUUCAGCGGGUUGGUCUGUGUUGGAUCUUUGCUGAUUACCUGCCGUGAUUAGGUUGUACAGUUGAUGGGCAAUCCAAGAGAAGCUAGGGAUGAAUGGGCUGGCAUAGGAGAGGAAUUCCAGCAUCUGACAAACAUCACUAACUGUGGCAGGUGCUCUCUCGCUCAGAGCCCUCCCUUGUGCCAUUUUCACUGAGUCCAUACUGUUACGAUCGUGUGUACAGAAUUCGGAACCCCAAAAGAGCUAAACACAAUUUGAGCAAAUAAUCAUUUUAGUGAGACAAGUGAGCACGACAACAUGAGCAAUGGAAAUAUACACAAACGAAAAACUACAUCAGCAAUAGGCUGACAUGAAAAUACUAUGAACAGAAUAAACUAAAUAACAAAUGGACAGGUGAAGUACAAUGGAGCUGUAUGGCGAACAGGACAUAAAGUAGGAAUAAUACAAAAUGAAAAUAAAUAACGGAAGCACAGCAAUAACGGUAAACAAAAGAAUUCAGCAGUAGAGGAAGAUAUAACAAAAUAGUGCAAGACGAGAAAUCCAAACCACCUAAAUAAGGACGAAGACAAAUACACAAACACGGAAACAGAAUCUAAACUACACAAGUUUAGACAUAGACAAGAGUACAAGCCAGGAAAACGACUCUAAACUACACAAGUUUAGGUAACGAAACGUGGUGGUGGGGAAAAAAAAGCACACGAACGAAGGAGGGCAACAACAAGCAGUAACAAUAUUCCGGUGGCUAGCUCCCAGCCAUCUUGCGCUUAAGAACCAAACUGAUCAUGAUGCCAAGCAGCUGUGCGACAGAGGCUCCGCCCAUCUACCAAGCCCAGGGACUGAAAAAAUACUGAGAGUCAGUAGGCCAAGGGACUGGAAAAACUACAGAAUCAGUAACCAAACACAGGAUUAUGACACAUACUGUAACACAAUUUCAGCCUCUGUAUGGUGUUUCUCGGUUCAGGCUUAAAUCUGGUGCAGUAAACUUAGAUAAGGCAACUUGUCCUUGUGCCCACUCUCCCCAUUUCUUUUCAAACAUCUUGAACUCCCUUUACAAGGUUACUUCAGGCAGUGAAUGUGUUGGUACUAGUCAGCAAUGGAGUAGGGAUUCGCUGGUCAUUUGGACAGGGUAUGUGGCAAAAAAAAACAAAAAAAAAACCCUGGGCUUGUCUCUAAUGCAGGGAAAGGUUGUCUUUUUUUUAGUGUGUGUGGUGGGGGGGGCGGUGGAAUAAAAAUUAGUAGGCCAGUAUGAAACUGUCCAACUUCUUCAUUCUCAUGGACCAGCACAUCCGCUGCCAAUCUAAUGAGUGCAAUCUAAUGGCUUCCUAUUGGGUUCUCCACUGUCUAGGUUAUCACAUGUUUUACUUUCCUCAUCUUUCUUACAGCUAAUGUCACUUCCUAUAAUAUUUCGUUAUCUUUUUGCUGUCUCACCCUUUUUGUUUUUUCUAUCACUCCCCUUUAAAACUUUGUUCUGUACGACUGAAUUAAAAAAAAUAAUAUAAUUCAUCAGAAUAAAAAGAACCACAGUGGCAACUUAAAAACACCACUGUGGCACAGUGAAACUGUUCUGGCAUAAAAGGGAUACAGAUCCUCCUUUCUGCUUGACCUAACAGCCAAGAUAAGAACGUUUCUCAAUGCACAAUUGCAAGAAAAUUGCGGAUUUCAUCAUCUAUCAUAAUAUCAUCAAACGAUACAGUGAAUUUUAUCGUAAGUGGCAAGGCCGAAAACCAACAUUGAACUCUGGUGACCUUUGAUCACUCAGGCGGCUCUGCAUUAAAAACGGGGAUCAUUGUGUGAAGGAUAUUGCUACGUGGGCUCAGGAACACUUCAGAAAACCAGUCUUCGUUAACACAGUUUGUUGCUAUAUCUAAAAAUGCAAGUUAAUAUCAUACAAAGUGAAUCUACAUCUGAGUAUAUUGACAACACCCAUAAACACCAUUGGCUUCUCUGGGCCCGAGCUCAUCUGAACUGACACAAAGUGGAAAAGUGUGCUGUGGUCUGAUGAGUCCAAAUUUCUAAUUCUUUUUGGAAAUCAUGGAAGUCGUGUCCUCUGGGGCAACCAGGAAAGGGACCAUCCUGAUUGUUAUCAGCGCAAAGUUCAAAAGUCAGCAUCUGUGAUGGUGUGGGGGUUUGUUAGUGCCCAUGGCAUUGGUAACUUGCACAUCUGUUAAGUUACCAUUAAUGCUGAAAGCUACAGUAUAUACAGGUUUUGGAGCAACAUAUGCUGCCAUCCAAGCAAGGACUUCCCUGCUUAUUUCAGCAGACAAUGCCAAGCCACAUUCUACACACAUCAAUGUGGCUUCGUAGUAAAAGAGUAUGAGUAAUAGACUGGCCUGUUAACAGUUCAGACCUGUCUCCCAUUGAAAAUGUGUGACACCUUAUAAAGCGCAAAAUACCACAACGGAGAUCCCGGACUAUUGAGCAACUGAAGUUGUACAUCAAGCAAGAAUGGGAAAGAAUUCCACCUAUAUUCAAUAGUUAGUGUCCUCAGUUCUCAAACGCUUAUUGAGAAGUUAUUAAAAGGAAAGGUUACGUAACACAGUGGUAAACAUGUCCCUGUGCCAUCUUUUUGCGAACAUGCUGCAGUCAUCAAAUUCAAAAUUAGUGAAUAUUUGAAAAAAAACAAAAAACAGUUUAGCAGUUUGAACAUUAAAAAUCUUGUCUUUUUAGCGUAUUCAAUUAAAAAUAGGUUGAAAAGGAUUUGCAAAUCAUUGUAUUCUGUUUGGAAUUGGGGUUUGUACAUUGACUCAUCACUUGAUUGUACAAAGUGUAUUUUGACAAUGUUACGCCUGCUCCAGAGUAUUCUUGACUUUGGUUGAUGUUAGGUUUUUUUUAAUUCCCCCCAGUAAAUUUUUUGACAUCACCCACAUUAAUUUUCCUUUUAAUGAAGACUUUCUGAAGCCAAAGGAAUUAAAAAGUCAGUCACCUGAUUUUGAGUCAACAGAGCAUGCUUUUUCAAACACUGAAGACAAAAUGAAAGUCAGCAAGCGCCACAAAUGAGCAGCAAAUGAAAACCUGGCAAAGCAUCUCCAGGAAGGUGGCAUAUAUUGUCUGUAAUUCCCCAUUGUCAAAUUAAAGUAGACAGUCUACACUUCAUUCAAGUUGAUUGUUUUAUUCCAAAUUGAUUGUGAUGGUGUAUAAAGGCAUAAUCAUAAAAAAUUCUGUCAUUGUCCAACUAAUUUUCUACUUUGGUAACAUUCUUUGAAGCCGGAAAACAAAUCAUAUUUAUCGUACAAUGAAACAUUCAACAUCUGUACUGGCCUGUUUUCAUGCUUUUUAAAAAUGUAAACUUUGUGGCUGAAACAAAUUUAGACUAUGCAAAACUCAUAUAUUGGACAAACAAUGCAUGUGUGCGUGACAAGAAUUUGUUAUAUGCGGAUUCAGACAUUUAAUAUUAUAACUGUUGUCAUAUAAAAGCACCACAGAUGUACUAUUUCUCAGAGUUUAAAGCCUUUAUUUGUAAUGUCCAGGAGGAGAGGCAAUGAAAUGUAUGAAAAGUGAUUGGCCUCAUCAAGAUUUCUUUCAAUUUAAAUAUGACCAUUUUAUAUGUUCUAUAAUUUUUACAUUUUAGAAAGGUCUUGUAAUGUCUUUCAGCGCUCAUAUUUUCCUCAUUACUAUUAUUUUCAUCGGACGUGUUGAACGUGCACAUACAGUAUGUUUGUCAAUAGAAUGUUUAGUCUGAAUGUAUGACUUAUUUUAUGUGUGUGGAAAUGUAAGCGUUGCCUUACACUCACAGGCAAUUAAGGCUCAUUUAUUUUCUCAUAAUUUAGCGUCAAACCCUACCAAAUCCCUGCAAACAAUAAUAAUUGCUUUACAUACUAUAUCCAAUAAUACCUCUGUGACAGUGUCAAUCAAAAUGAGCAUUCUUGUGUUUUGUAUUUAUUGUGCAGGUUGGAGUGGUUGUUUAUGUCUGACAGCACAGAUUGUCUUUAUUGUAAUAUUUCGACAUGCUUUGGGCUUGAUUGUAUAUGAAGUUUUAUCUAGUAAAUGUGUGCAGUCGAAAAACUGAGUGGAAUGACUUGAGACUGGAGCAGAUAUUGUGGUGUUUUGUUUUUUUUAAAAUCAUGACACCAGGGUGAAAAUAAAUGAAUAACUGGUAACCUGAUAUGUAAUGUUGUAAAAUGUGGACGAGGAAACACACACUUGAACAUCCUUUUUUUUGUAACAUGGUAAGUCUGCACCUUCGAGCUACAAUGAAUGUUUUGGUUCCAAACAGUGAGUUCUUUUUAUGAUGUAAUAUUUGUGAUUGACUAAUGAGACAAGUAGAGAUUAUAUCGGAAAAUAAAUAGACACUCUCCUUGUGUGAAUGUUAAAUAACAACACACUGUGAUUGAGUGGCUCCACCUUUAUGUGAGGGAAAGACUUCCCUAAAUUGUUUGAAUGACUUGACAGGUCAAUUUGUGUCAAAGGGAUUAAAUCUAUAAUAGCUGCCAGGUAUCUCAGCCAGACAAAGCACACAGGCGCAAAGUCUCAGCAGUAAUCAUGAAAUCUUUUGGAUUGAGUUACAGUUGUCCCUCGCCAUUUUGCCUUUUUUUUUUUUGCGGUCUUAUUGUAUUGCAGAUUUUUAAAUCGUACAGAUCUAAAUUUUAUAUUGCAUAUUUUUCGUUGUAUCACAUAAUUUUGCGCUGAUUUUCUUUUCCACACGGACUGUUGCAGUAAGCGCGAGCCAGGAGGAAAGUGUCUGUAAAAGAGAGAGAAUCUAAAGUUUGACUUUGACUUUUGACUUUGAGCAAUUAUUUUCUUGCAUUUUCGAUUGUUUUAAUUGAUCUGUAUACGAUACAGUAUGCUUAAACAUAAUCUAAUGUGUCUAUGAUCAGCACUUGUAAAUUCAAGUAAUUACCUGUUUUCUUGUGAGAUUGUACACUAAACAGUGACAGUGACUGUUAGCAUUUUUAAAGGCAAGUUUAAGGAGGACGUUGCAGGUGAACCAGUUGGACUGGAAGUGAGCGCAUCAUUUUAAUUACCGGUAUGUCAAAUUGUAUAAUAUGACAAUGUUUUUGCAUUUGUUUUUUUUUUCACUCCUCUCAACAGCUGUUGAAAAUAAACAGUAACUGAUUAGUGCUACAUUGAAUGGCCCAUCUGCCUAGUGAGUGCAAUGUUUCAAAUAAACCACUCGUGGGCGACAUUGA